GCACACAAUAAGUCCUAAUACAAGUCUCAGAGCAAAUGCACCGCUUUACAGGAAACUGUGAACUUUUCAAGCGAAGUGAGAAAAGAACAGUUACGGCCACAGUAACAAGCACCAGAUGAAGUGUAAAACAUGUCCCAGACAGUGCUGUUCAUUGAGCUGCUCCUGGUGCAUUACGCAGUUCAAAUACAGACUGAAGUGAAGUGUAGUGAAGAUGUUACGCUGACGUGUCCAGAUGUUGAUUUUAACAAACUGAAUUUCAUCUCGGUGACGUGGUACAAGAUCCAUAACGAGAAAAGAAGCGGCAUCAUCAGGAAGGGGAAAGGGGCCGAGUUCGCACAGCCCUACAACGUCUCCCGUCAGGUCAGCAUUGGAGAGGACUACAGCCUGUUCAUGGCCACUGUGACGCCUGGGGACUCGGGCAGGUACGAGUGUUGCGUCAACGCAAUCGUGGGGGGUCAAAACCUGUACCGGCAAGUCGACCUGCAUGUUCAUGUUUGCGUCACCUCAGACCAAGGGACAUUCACGACAACUGUAACCAACACGAAUGACUUCACCACAAUCCACCAAAGACAAGUUACUGAACUGCCAAUAAUGUGGAGUGUUAUUGGAUAUUUGGCUGUGGGCUGCAUCAAAGUCAUCUUAUGUGUAAUCACCAUUUGGGCAAUUCGUUCCUCUACGAGAUGUCGUUCCACAAGACACCAGCCGCACACUUGGUGAAGCUGCGUCUUCGGCUCCGCAGACUUCAAAGUAAAUAGACAUUCUUUGAAUCAACCAUUACAUUUUCUAUUUAUUUUUUUAUUAUUGUUUUUUUUUUACAGUUUGUGUUUAUGUUCUAGAUCCAUUGUUUACUUUUGUUUAAACCAUGAUUAAACCAAAGUUUUUUGUCAUUUUUAUGUGCUUUUGAUUACUGAUGCAUCAUGUGAGUGCUGAAGUGAAAGUGUGGUUUGUAUCACACCCUUAUUAUGGUCUCUAGUCUGGACUGACUUUCACUGUGUCACUGUUUAUUCCAGAUGUCAUUCCAGACAUCUGGAAUAAACUAACCAUCGCAGAGAAGUGAAUUCUUACCAGUUUAACUCCUGGCUUCUAAAGUAAUACCGCAAAUGCAUUGAUUCCUGCCACAAAGCGACCUGUGGAGCAGGUGCAGAGCACAGAAAGCGUGCACAGAUCGCCACCUACUGGCACAACCUCAAACAACAACAUGAUCAGUAUUUAACCCAAGAACUAAAACUUAAAUUAAAUUAAUGUACAAGUAAAAUGUUUUGGAUCAGAACAAAAGGAAACAUUACCUGUGUUAUUAUGCAUAAAUAAUACUAACACAUCGACAGACUUUAAUUUAGACCUGACUGACAAAUGCUUUUUGUUCAAACCUGGAUUAUUCGUGUACCAACACUAACACCUUAUAGUUUAAUGAGUCAUAUGCAGCAUUUUAUACAGAUAUGAAAUUAUGUCUAUUACUACUGUACAUGUAAAAGUUGUAACGAGAAAAUAAAAACUUUUCUAACUGCU